CUUCAGCCGAGAUGAGGACUCCAUCCAGACGCAGAAGUUGGAGACGUUCCUGCAGCAGCUCCUGAAGAGCCAGAAGACGGUCAGUGCCGCACGCUUACUUCACCAAACUAAAUCUGAUAUCCUGUAGGCUGAUAGUUCAUAGCUAUUACAGAGCAACAGUUAUUUAUUAAUAAGUCACAAGUAUACUCAGUUGUAAACAUUACUUUGCUACAGCAAUCCACAUCUCUAUCUUCAAGUUUUUGAGAUUACAGUUUCUCUAAAUGGACGCAGAUAUCAUCAAACUGCACGUACUGCUGUAGAGUGUGUUGUCUGCUUUACAAAUAUUGUCUAAAGUAUGAACAUGUUUAAUAAACACAGAUAUAGAGAUAGAGGAAGCCCUUAUAUGGUCAGCAGUGUGUUACUAGUGGUCAUGUGAGGUACUGCGCCCAACACAAACCUAUACUGAAAGCUCAUGUUCUGACAGAUCAACUUCAAAUCUGGGUAUAUCAUUUAUUGAGAUAUUUAGAUUUCAUUCAUCACAAUUUCAGGCUAAAAAGGUUUUGAAUAUAUUAUGAAAGUCAGAAUUAUUAGCCCUCUGAAUUAUUAGCCCCCAAACAGUAAAAAAUGUAAAGUUUUCCCCCAAUUUCUGUUUAAUGGAGAGCAGAUUUCUCUUCAUCAUGAUGACAGCACAUAAUAUUAGACUAGAUAUUCUUCAAGACACUUCUAUACAGCUUACAGUCACAUUUAAAGGCUUCACUAGGGUAAUUAGGGUAAAGUUACGGUACAUCAUUUUACAAGUUACAUCAUUUGGGAAAUAUUUAAAAUUCAUAGGGGGUGAAUAAUUCUGACUUCAGCUGUACAUAUAUAUAUAUAUAUAUGUGUGUGUUGUAAUAUGUGUAAAUAUACAUUUAUUGUGUGUGUGUGUGUGCGUGUGAGUGUGUGUGUGUGUGUGCGUGUGUGUGCGUGUGUGUGUGUAUGUGUGUGUGUGUGUGUGUGUGUGUGUGUGUGUGUGUGUGUGUGUGUGCGCGCGUGCGUGUGUGCGUGCGUGUGUGUGUGCGCGCGUGCGUGCGUGCGUGCGUGCGUGCGUGUGUGUGUGUGUGUGUGUGUGUGCAGUGUGCAGUUUCGGAGCAGCAGCUGCAGGCUGUGUGUGAGUCUGUUGUGUCCCGCUGUGUCGUCACUGAUGGACUCCUGCAGAUGCAGCAGGUGGCGGCGGCGGUUCUUCCAGAACAGGAGAACUUCCUGCUGCUGUUCCGCAUGGAGACACGCCUGGACAACAGUGUAGAGUUCAUGAGGAUCUGGCGCUGUUACGACACCGACAGCAGUGGAUACAUCUCUACUGCAGAGCUGAAGGGUUUCCUUCAAGAUCUCCUCCAUCAGCAUCACACACAGGUCACCGCGGCCCGACUGGAGGAGUACACCGUCACCAUGAUCAAGAUCUUUGACAAGAACCAGGACGGCCGUCUGGAUCUGAACGACCUGGCCAGGAUUCUGGCCCUGAAGGAGAACUUCCUGCUGAAGUUUGAGAUGGAGGCCUGCAGUCAGGAGGAUCGCCGCAGAGACUUUGAGAAGAUCUUUGCUCAUUAUGACAUGAGUAAAACCGGUGCUCUUGAAGGUGCAGAGGUUGAUGGUUUUGUUAAGGACAUGAUGGAGCUGGUGAAGCCCAGUCUCAGCGGGUCAGAUCUGGACAAGUUUAAGCAGGUUCUGCUGGGUCAUUGUGACCUCAACGGAGACGGAAAGAUUCAGAAGAACGAGUUAGCGCUGUGCCUCGGCCUCAAGAUCAACCCCUGAGGAGUGUGUGUGCGUGUGUGUGCGUGUGUGUGCGUGUGUGUGUGUGUGUGUGUGUGUGUGUGUGUGUGUGUUGAUGACUGUAAUUACAUGACAUGUUUGUGUGUGUGACAGUAAUUAGUGGUCAGUAGUGUGUGUGUCAUUAGUGUCAGUCAAUCGCACCCACUCCAUUACAUCAGCGGGUAUGCAAGUGUGUGUGUGUGUUGUGUUGUGUUGUGUAGUGUUUGUGUUUUGUGUGGUGGGGGUGUGUGUGUUAUAUAAUGAGAUUGUGUGUGUGUUGAUUGUAUUUAUAAUGUGUUUUUGUGUGAUGAAUGUGUAUGUGUGAGUAUAUUGUGUGGUUGGUGUGUGUUGUGUGGGGGCGUGUGUGUGUGUGUGUGUGUGUGUGUGUGAGAGAGAGAGAGAGAGAACACUUCUCUCUUUAAAGCUGUAUUUGUGACACUUUUAUGCCUGUUAAUGUGUAUAAAUACUGUAAACUGAACUGAAUUUGGUUUUCAUUAGUAUAUUCUGAUCUUGCAGUUGUAAGUCAUGAUCGUGUGUGUGUGCGCGCGUGUGCGUGUGUGUGUGUGCGCUCGUGUGUGUAAGCCUGUAUUUUCAUCAUGUACAAUAUCUGUUCUGCUCAUUAUGAAUAAAUUAUUAUCAAUAACUUGUAAGGAAUCAGAGAUGCUGUCAAACAGUUUCAACACAUUUAAUGUCCUGAAGAGAUAUGUGAGUGUGAAACGAGUCAAUAAAACUGUUA